AAAGGAAGAGACGACGUGAGUGACAGUGAGACUCGGAUCAAGGCAUGGAUUGCCAACACAUUCGGUGGCUCUGGACGAAAAGUGGAUCAAGGCAUGGAUUGCCAGCACAUUCGGUGGCUCCUUUCCUUGAAGAAGAUCGCCAACAAGCUGGAGGAUGUGGACAGGAAGACGACAGUGGCUCUGGACAAAAAGGGGAAGAAGAAGGUGAAGGAGGAACCGACCACGAACGGAGGGAGAAAUGAGAAGAGAAAAAGGGACUUUGGAUCACUAGUGAUCUCUAGAUCGAGAUCGAAAUCACGAUCGAAGAACGCAAGCGGAAAGAUGAAGAUGAGGCCACUUCGCAUUAAUAUCUCGGACGAUGAAGACUCCCGUCGGGACAAGACGAGAGAAAACUCACACGUGGAUGAGAAGCUUGAGAUUAACAAGACCGAUGUGAAGCAACUAGACGAAAUUAAAGGAAUGCUGCAGGCACUAAUGACCGGGCUGAACCAAAGCGCGACUAGCAAGGGUUGUGCCAGAAGUGAAACAACAGUCGAAGAUACGAGUAGCGGGAAAGGAGCGGAUGAACCCGUUGCGAGCGAUGAAGCGAAGAAGGAUAAAGGAAGAGCAGCUGAGAUGCAAAGUGAGGUGUUGGAAUAUAUGCGGUGCAGGUUGGAUUACUACAUGACCAAGACGUACAAGGAGAUCAAAGCCUUGUGUAAGAGCAGGAACGCGCGGUGCGAAAGGAAGGACAAGGGAGCAUGGGAACUAGUGAAACACGAUACAGACCAGUAUACAAAACUGGUCAACAACACUAAAGAAGAUGACGAUGAUCCAACCGACGAGGAUGAUGACGAUGAGAACGCGGCCGACGGAGAGGGAGAGGGAUUUGAAGACGAGGACAACGACGAAGUUAUAGGGAACUAGAUCUCUAAACGAAUUCUACUAAGGAGAUCGGGUCGAUGGUUGGAACAGUCUCAUGGCAAAGAUAGAACGCUGAUUAGUGAAGU